GAUGUCGACCCCAGCUUGGUGGAUCAUUUUGAUUAUGUCAUGAGGCCAGCCAAGGACAGGGAAUCCUUAAAAAAGAAACACAAAAAGUCCAAACAUGUUAAAGGAAAAGAGAAAAAGGUGAAAGACAAAAAAAGGAAGCUCAGUCAGAAGGAAGCGAAGGAUGAAAAGAUGAAGCAGAAAAAUGAAGUUCGGAAGCAGUGCUAUGGACCAAGCUGUACUCAAGUUGCGAGACCGGAUAGCAAGUACUGCAGCGAGGAGUGCGGCCUCAAACUGGCUACUAAUCGUGUUUUUGAAUUCUUGCCUCAGCGCAUUAAACAAUGGCAGCAGAGUCCGUGCAUUGCAGAGGAAAAGAAUAAGCGAGAACUGGAAGUAGUACGAACCAACAUGGAGAAUGCAAAGAAGAAUAUCGCAGACCUUGAUAAUCAAAUAGUUCAACUUAAGAGGAUCAUAGAAAAA